CUCUACUGUUACUUGUAAAUGAAUUUUUAUUUCCUUCUGUUGACAAGGGUUUCUGCCAGUGAAUCAGGCUCCAGUGGAGACAGACUAGGAACUGCAGCAGAAGAGACAAGCAAGGCAGUCAAAGCGGAGUCCCAAGAUGUGGUGCCUCCUCCUGCUGCUCUGCUCCCAAGCAAUUGCCUUUUCAGCAGGAUUCACAACAUCCUCCACUCUGAAUCAAGACAAAAGACAGUACAGGAAGACUCGCAACCCCGAAUGCUUUAUGAAUGUUAGUGAAAUUAUCAGAUAUCAUGGAUAUCCCAGUGAGGAAUAUCAAGUUACCACAGAGGAUGGAUACAUUCUUGGUCUUUUCAGAAUUCCUGCUGGACGGAACAGCCAAAAUACAGGGAAAAAGCCUGCAGUCCUGCUACAGCAUGGAGCUUUUGGAGAUGGUGUUCACUGGAUUUUUAACCUGCCCAACAACAGCCUAGGCUUCAUCCUUGCAGAUGCUGGAUUUGACGUCUGGUUGGGAAACAGCCGAGGGAACACUUGGUCUUCAAAACAUGAGACCCUUAAGCCCUGCCAGAAGGAGUUCUGGCAGUUCAGCUUCGAUGAGAUAGGUAAAUAUGAUAUUCCAGCAGAGCUGUACUUCAUCAUGAAUAAAACAGGACAGAAGCAUGUAUAUUAUGCUGGUCACUCAGAGGCUUCAGCUGCAGGCUUCAUAGCAUUUUCUACUUUUCCUGAGUUGGCUCAAAGGGUGAAAUUAUUCUUUGCUUUGGCACCAGUAACUACAGUCACACAUGCUACCAGUCCUCUGAUAACAUUUGCACGUCUUCCUGCACCACUGAUCAGGUUACUACUUGGCUGCAAAGGUGCUCUUCACCAGAAUGAACUGCUGAAAGGCCCUCUAACACAGUUCUGCAACUCUCUGGGAAAGGUUUGUGGCUGUCUGCUCUGCUUCGCAGGUGGAGGCAGCAUAAAAAAUCUGAACACGGGACACAGAGAAAUGUAUGGGGGCUUUCAAGUGAUACCAACUAGGACCUCAGCUAAUGAUGCAAUGUGCCACCUGACACAUCCAAAUCACACAAGGAAGAAAGUCAAAAUUCAGAAUGGUCACAACUUUCAAUAAUGUCCCUCAGUGUCCCUUCUUCUGGGGCUAAGCCCAAGAAAAGCUGGACAGAUAACAAACCUUUUACAAUGGAGAAAUGAAUGGAGAAUGAUCUUUUUUCUUUUGUACAAUUUUCCUUCCUAAAUAGGAAGACGCACAGAUCAUCUGAAUGUAAGAGUUUAUUUCUUUUUGGUUGCCACACAUCAAUACAUUUCCAGCCAAAACUCAAAGCUGUUUCUUCACACUUCUCUCAACAGCAAGAUCUCAUUUCUAUACUCUGGAUGUUACUUUUUUUUCUUGUAGACCUUCCACAUCUCUGUUCUCCAGUGGCCUUUGGUCUUUCAGACUAUUUAACAAGUGUUCCCAUAAAAAGCUCCCACAUAUGUUGCUUCAUUAUGCUUGAACAGACACUCCAUAAACAAUUCUUCUCUAAUACAUAAUCACAGAAGUAUUUAAAAGCAUCAUACAAAUUGGAGAAACUGACAAAAACAAAGGUCAUCCACAAUUCCCAAAUUAUGUUUUCUAUAUAAUUUAGGACUAACAUGGGAAAGAUUCUCCCAAAGGGUAAAAAAUGUACAUACUCAUUCCUACUGUAAACUCCCAUGUUUCUGAGUCCCUCCUCAACCUUUUUUUUUUUUUUUGAUAUUUCAAGGAUAUCCUAUUAAAAUGGGGUUUUAACACAGCAGCAGUAUGUUGCUCAUGUCCUUCACAGUUUCAUUCUGUCACAACACUAGAUCGCUGCCUUUCUAACAGUUCUGCUUUCUCUCCAGAGUCGAACAGAUACAUACAUAGCACAUUAUCCUGCUGGAACAUCAGUGCAGAACAUUAUUCAUUGGCAUCAGGUAUAACUGUGUACUGACGUAUAAACAGACUCUGACGACUGCUUUUGUAUGCAGCCAACAGCCCCCAGGGAAGUCCAGAGGCAACAGAUCUGGGAAGCUGCCCAUCACAUCUUCUCACAUGCUGCCCUGAACACCUGCCACAGAGGGAGCCCUGCUUCCCAUGGCUCACCAAACUCUACCUGAAUUGUCCCUUUGGCAUCAGGCACUGAGAUUUCCCCUGGGCACGUCAGGCAGCUCUGCAUGUUGGGCUCCAACGGCUUCCAGGCUUCAGCUUUACUUAUGUACAUCUUUGCCUUGAGAGC